UAGAACCCGACUCUGAUAUGGCGCGUUCCUUGAAAAAGAAACAAUACGUCUGCUAGCGCGUCUGCGAGUGCUUUCGUCUGCUCCACUUGUUCGUGAAAUGUCACACCAACUGUUCAAACUUCAAUCUCUCUGUCACAAAUUUAACGCUAGUUUUCUCAUGUGGUCUUUCACGGAAACUUCUAAAGCUUGCGAUUUGUCACCUUAUAAUUAAAGAAAAUGUCUUUCAGGAAUGCAUGAACAGUGCUAGCAUGUCAAAUCAACUCUGUGACUCCCAAUUGCAACUACAAGAAGCUUCCUUACGGUAUUUGGACCAAACAGAACAACUGGACACUCUGAAAAAAACAUGUCUGUCAUACAGAGAGAGCAAAGAGAAUGCUGUUUACUCAUUCAUCAUCAAAAUUGACUGUGCAGAAAUAACUGAAGUGGAUGCUCCUCUGGGCAACCUAGUGCUGCAUCAGCCACAAGAGGCAAGAAAGAUUUUCCAGGAGGUUUGUUAUGUCAGCUUAAGGUGCCUGAAAUUACUACCUUCAGAAGUCACUUGCAGUCAAGUCCUCGUGAAUUUGAAGCUGUCGGAUUUACCUCAGCUAAAGAGUUACCAAUUAACAACUGGUGAAUUGCACAGUUGCAAGUUUGAGUCUCGUUUCUACAAAUUUGUCGGAACAGUUUGUUCCAUUUCAUCCCCUGUUAAAUAUUCGCGUUGUGCAAAAUACAGAUGUCCAGAGUCACGGUGCUAUGGCGCAGCAGAUAAUUUCUACAUUAGAUGUCACAUUGAGGGGGCCAAAGAGCAUCAGACUGUGAGGCGAGACUUUAACUGUGUGUACUGUGGUUCUAUUCUAAGGGAAGAUGUGACUUGUAGAAUCUUAGGAGAGAGAGUGACUGUGCAGAUGGUUGAAGGAGAUGUUUUUCCUCUUCAUCAGUUCUGGGGUACAGACUGCUACUUGGGGAGAUACAGGCAAUCAGUCACUAUUGUUCUGAGGGAUGAGUUCCUCAACCUCCAACUUGGUGGCUGCUACUGUGUGAUUGGAAUCCCAGUCAAGGAGUUUACCGGAAAUUCUGCCGUCUCGGUUAUGAUUGAGGCUAACAAUGUUUUUAAAGUAGCACUAACAAUGCCCAAAGAGCCAAGACACCACCUGUCACAAACGCUGAGGCAACUUUUAGCAAACAGAGCCACCUCUCCUUGGAGCUUUGCUGUCGGCCUGGCCUAUCUCUUUGCCGAUGGGAUCACCCCAGCCGGCACCUAUCACCGCCUCAAGCUGUGUAUACUCCUCAGCCUUGUCGAUGCCGCCUCCCGCUCAUCCAAACGUGACUUGCAGGGUUUUCUCGAUCUCAUGGCGGUGGGUGUUGAUUCCAAUCUAAUCCAGAGAUUAUUGAUAUAUGGAGCUUCCUUCGCCCCGCGAGCCAUUAUUCACAACAGCAGCCAGCCUUUGCUUGCCCCCCUCUACAGGGACUCCGAUGGAUCGGGAUGUUAUAUUGAAGGUGGAUCUGUAUUGUUAGCUCACCAAGGUGUUUGCAUGCUGGGGGAUAUAGACAGCCUGAAAAAAGAUGGGAAGGAGAAGCUACAACAUGUGAUGGAAAACAGAGCCAUCCACGUAGAUCAAUCAAGAACAUUAAGUAGUUCAUCAGCGCAGCAACAAACCUUCCUGGUUGAGUGUAACCUAUGGGGUUACGCGUGUUCCCCUCAACACCAGGAUCCCGUGGAGGUAUUUUCUGCCUCUGAAGCGAAGAGGAGUCGACGAAAAUCAAUUUUGGAGUGUUUCCCCAUGGUGUUGGUGUGUGACAGUUCCAACCCUACCACAGAGGAGUACGCGGAGCUGAGCAUCGUCCGCCGUACGCUGCUGGGAGCAAUGCAAGACAAGGAUCUGCUGGGCGAUGGGAAUUCAGUCAUUACUCCGAGUGAAAUUAAAGAGCUUCUCCAAGUUGCCUCCGAGACCGCCGUAGAGUUUUCGGCCCCUGCCAUGCAGUUGCUGAAAGGUUACUUUGUGGCUAGCAGGCGCGUACGUUCAUCUGGUGUGCAUAGUGCACCAUUUCCCCCAGCGGCACUUCAGACUUUAGCCUGUAUGUCAAGGGCACUCACUCAACUCAGCCAGAGAAAUGAGGUUUGCGUAGAGGAUGCAGCAUUUGCAGUGCUCCUAUAUGAAGAGGCAGUGACGGCAAGAUACGGAUACUCAGUCUUGGAUGUCCAACCGAAGCCUCACUUCAAAGAUGGCAACAUUUCAGAGUAUCUUGGUCCAGAGAAUGAUGCCCUCAUGCUGAACUUCCUGGCUCGACUGUCUCGCUUCUGUCGCUCACACGUGCCCGAUUUUAACAUGUACGAGUCGGAGGAUUGACGGCAAAUUAAUGGCUGUUCUCGAGCCUGCGAAGUGACCCUUGGCAAAUUGUCACGGUUUAUGGACUUUGACCGCGUGGUAAUGAUGGGCAGUGAGAAUCCUUCCAGUUUUAUGUAAUCUUAUCAUCAUCAUAGAAUGUCCUAGCGACGACCACUUGUCGACUUUUGGUCGAUUUUCCCUGACAACCAGUGCUCAAAACAUAUCCGGGUACCGGCAAAAUCGACCAGUGGUUGACAGAUGGUCAUCUUUCAUAUCAAGUAUUUCCUAAUUUCGAUAACUUUGAAAACACAAAAGACCCUUCAAUACGAGCUUGCGGUUUUUCAUCGAAUUUACUGUGAGAAGUCUGUUGUGUAAAUUAAUUGUAGCAUUCUCUUUGUUUCGUAACUUAUUUACUGGAAGGACAACAUUAUUAGGUAACAUAGAGCAUCAAAAUUAUCUGUACCACGUGCAUGUUUUAUUAAGGAAAAUGAUUUUAUAAAUUAUUGAAAAUUCAUUGAAGUCUGUAGUUUCUUAGGUAUUUAUGCAUUUUUUUGCGCUAGGGAUUCAAAAGCGUUUACUUUGAAAAGAAAGUGUAAAGUUUGAGCUUCAUGUAACUUUAAGUCUUGUACUUAGCUUCAUCAUGAAGUUACUGGUGCUUUUGCAUAUGUUUUAUGCUUUACCCAACUUGUGCACAAGAAUAGGCAGAAAUAUGCUCAUCAUCACUUGCGCGACGCAAGCUGUGUAAAUGGGCUGACAAGAAUCGAUUGUUUGAUGUAUCUUAAUUCCUUCAAGUGCCUGUAUUCAGCGAAAUGCAACAACGGACCGCGACAUACAAGCUGCUUGACGACUACAAAUUUGCGAAUGAAUCCGUGGGAGACAAGACCUACAACAAACAAACGCUACCGACAACGGCUCCUUGCAUCACAAACUAACACUCCACUUCCUGUCAACGUCAUUGAUUAAGCUGACGGACGGGUCACUUCUCUUUAGUUGUAUAGCCUUCAGUUGCAGCCUAAGAGAAGAUUUUUUCUCAGGAAUACAGGAUUUUAAGUGUAUUAUUUUGAAGGAUUAUUGUGGGUACUGUAUCUUUGCGUGUUUCUGUUUUGUUGUGUUUUUCAUACUCUCGGGGAAGAGAAGUUUUGAAAUUUAGACAAUUUUGGAGAGAUGGCAAUAAAAUUGCCGGCAUUUACAGAAGUUUCUCAUAUUUCUUUUGAAUAUUUUUGUUUAAAGUCAUUUACAGAGUUGCAUUUCUUUAACUGAAAAAGUAAAUAAAAUAAGUAUAAGCUGA